AUGAUCCGUCGGAGAUCUUACAGCAGUUACUUGUUGGUUUUGGGGUUCUGGUUGUAUGUGUACAGUGGUAGUUUGGUAUCUGGUGGAGACAUAGUUCACCACGAUGACACGCUUCCUAAGAGACCUGGUUGCAACAACAAUUUCGUCUUGGUCAAAGUCCCAACUCGGGUCAACGGGAAAGAAAAAGAGGAGUACGUUGGUGUUGGUGCUAGGUUUGGUCCAACCUUGGAGUCAAAGGAGAAACAUGCUACCCUCAUUAAACUCGCCGUCGCUGACCCUCCUGACUGUUGCUCCACUCCCAAAUACAAGCUUACUGGAGAGGUCAUUCUUGUUCACCGUGGUAACUGCAGUUUUACCACCAAAACAAAGGUAGCUGAAGCAGCUGGUGCCUCUGCCAUCCUUAUCAUUAACAACAGCACAGAUCUUUUCAAGAUGGUAUGUGAGAAGGGUGAAGACGUUUUAGAUAUCAAUAUCCCUGUUGUUAUGCUCCCUCUUGAUGCUGGUUCAAGUCUCAGAAAAUUUGUUGACGCUAACGACACAGUUACUUUACAGCUCUACUCGCCGAAACGUCCAGCAGUUGAUGUGGCUGAGGUCUUUCUCUGGCUUAUGGCUGUUGGUACCAUUCUUUGUGCUUCUUAUUGGUCUGCCUGGACCGCCAGGGAAGAAGCCAUUGAGCAAGACAAGCUGCUAAAGGACGGAUCAGAUGAACAUUUGCAGGUAUCAACCACCAGCUCUAGAGGUGUUGUUGAGAUCACCGUUAUAUCAGCAAUUUUGUUUGUGCUGGUUGCCUCUUGUUUCCUCAUCAUGCUCUACAAGCUUAUGUCAUUCUGGUUUAUAGAAGUGUUGGUGGUACUCUUUUGCAUAGGUGGCGUUGAGGAUAAAAUGGGAACUGAAGUUGGAUUUAUAUGUAGUUUCAGAUGGUUCCGCAGCAUCGGAGAAUUUUAUGUCAAAGUUCCGUUCCUGGGUGCUGUCUCAUAUCUGACUCUGGCAAUUUGUCCCUUUUGCAUAGUAUCUGCUGUUAUAUGGGCAGUUUACCGCCAAUACUCAUUUGCUUGGAUAGGGCAAGAUAUCCUUGGGAUCUCGCUGAUAAUCACAGUUCUUCAAAUCGUCCGGGUACCAAAUCUUAAGGUUGGAGUUGUUCUUCUCAGCUGUGCCUUCAUGUAUGAUAUAUUCUGGGUUUUUGUUUCAAAAUGGUGGUUCCGUGAAAGCGUGAUGAUUGUGGUUGCCCGUGGAGACAAAAGUGGAGAGGACGGCAUCCCAAUGCUACUAAAGAUCCCACGUAUGUUUGAUCCUUGGGGUGGCUACAGUAUCAUCGGGUUUGGCGAUAUCAUCUUACCAGGACUGCUUGUAACUUUUGCACUGAGAUACGACUGGCUGGCAAACAAGAAGCUCAAGUCAGGAUACUUCCUUGGGGCAAUGUCUGCUUAUGGUCUAGGUCUUCUCAUAACAUACAUCGCCCUAAACUUGAUGGAUGGACACGGGCAACCAGCUUUGCUUUACAUCGUCCCAUUCAUACUUGGUACUUUGAUAGUGUUAGGUCACAAGAGAGGUGACCUGGAGACCCUAUGGACAACAGGGGAACCAGAGAGGCCAUGUCCUCACGUUCGCCUUCAACCUCAAUCUUAG